AUGCGCAGGGUGAGCUGGGCCAGCGUGUCUCGUCCAUCGACAUACUCGAGCCUCGCGGUGAGCUCGCCGGCCUCGCGCCUGAUAUCGUCUUCCUCCAAGCCGGCGUCAACAGCAGCUUCAAAGCCAACAACAACAUACACUCGAAGCACCUCUAGUAACUACCCCAGGAGGACAUACAACAGCUACAAUAAGGCCCCGUCGUCCUCCCCGUCCUCUUCUUCACCGGCUUCGUCAAGCUCAGCUCCUAAACCCGCCUCCUCGACACCCGCAACUCCAGCUUCAUCUUCAGACACAUCCUCACCCCCGGCAUUCACGACAACACCGACCUCCCACCCGAUACAGAACAUCACCAAGACAGGCCUUGCAGAUGCCCCUCCAGAUCUCGUGCUGGAGCCCGCAAACGUGCCCAAUGGCCACGUCGACUGGACUCGCUCAUACCACGGCUUAAGCGCCGAGCCGUUCUCAAAGGAAGCUGCUGCGGUCCUGCUUGCACCUGUUGAUCCAGACGAUGUCGAGAUCAAGCCUGAUGGGAUAGUGUACUUGCCUGAAAUCAAGUACAGGCGUAUACUCAACAAGGCGUUUGGGCCAGGCGGGUGGGGUCUUGUACCGCGCAGUGAGAGCAUAGUUACAGGCAAGACAGUAACAAGAGAAUACGCUCUUGUCGCCCAUGGACGGCUUGUAUCUGUAUCCCGCGGUGAGCAAGACUACUUCAGUCCAGACGGCAUACCUACUGCCACGGAAGGGUGCAAGUCCAACGCGAUGAUGAGAUGCUGCAAGGACCUCGGGGUUGCGAGCGAGCUGUGGGAUCCCCGCUGGAUCCGCAAGUUCAAGGCAAACUAUGCAAAGGACGUGUUUGUCGAGCACAUGGUGAGCAAGAAGAAGUCGAAGAUCUGGAUACGCAAGGACGACGAGGUCAUGUACCCCUGGAAGAAGACAUAG